CUGAUCUGUUCAUCUUGACUCUGCCGCGGUCGCAUCUCUGUCUCCUGCCUCCGACACCGCGAGAGCUCAUCAGCAGGAUGCCUGAGCAUGUGCAAGAGAGGAAACCAAAGAUCUCAGCUUCAAGAAAGCUGAUGCUCAAGAGUCUCAUGGUGGCAAAGGCCAAGGAGGAACUGGAGCAGGAGAUCCUAGUCAAAGAGGAGGAGAAACACAAGUAUCUGGCAGAGAGAGCUCCUCCUCUGAACACCAGCAGCCUGAGCCUUGCACAGCUACAGGACCUCUGCAGAGAGCUCCACGCCAAGGUAGAUGUGGUUGAUGAAGAGCGGUAUGACAUUGAAGCCAAGGUCAUGCUCAACACACGCGAGAUUAAAGACCUGAACAUCAAGGUUUUGGACCUCAGGGGGAAAUUUAAGAGGCCUAAUCUACGGCGUGUUCGGGUGUCUGCUGACGCCAUCCUUCGCUCGCUGCUGGGCUCCAAACACAAAGUCUCCAUGGACCUCCGAGCCAAUCUCAAGUCUGUCAAGAAAGAGGACACUGAGAAGAAGAGGCCAGUGGAGGACAGCGACUGGAGGAAGAAUGUGGAGGCCAUGUCAGGGAUGGAGGGAAGGAAGAAGAUGUUCGAUGCCGCUAAAGGUUCUGCACAGUAAAGACAGAAGGGCGACUGCUGUCAUGUGCACCACCAGCACUCCACUACAUCUUCUUUUCAUCGCCUUUUGCAGCUUUUUGUUUGGUGCUGUCAUUCUUGGGUAUGCUCCUGCCAUGGAGGUGAGAAGAUGUCCCCACUCUCCUGAAGGGUUUCUGCUCUUGUCUUUGCCAUAUCUGAAUUAUUUGUAUUGUUCUCAUAACUGAUAUUGCGCAUAAACACCAGACAUUCUGGCCUAUAUUUGUACAGAAUUUGUACAGAAAUGUCAAAAUAAAUAAAAAAAAAUCUCAUGUGGAUACUGUUCCAUCAAAUUAGGAUAUAAACUGUAUAUUUUAUAUUCUUGCUUGGGGAUAAACUGUAACUCUGUGCUGUGGAUUUGUGACCCGUAACAAAAUGUUGUACGCUUCAUCAGCUGGAUUAACAUGAGAACUGAAACAACAAUAAAAAAAGAAAAAAAACAUUGUGCUUAGUGAAUAUUUACUGGAUUUAUUAAUGGCCUCCAUAUUUGAAGACUUGUGAAAUGCUUGAAAUUAUGUGUGUCUGACAUUUUUUUUUCCACCAAAGAAGGUUUUAUUAAAUGGUUUAACUUC